AUGAUCCGAUCAGGGUCCGGCUGCCAAUGGUUCACGCGGCGGCGUCUGCAACUCUCCCUCGCCUUCGCGGUUGUCCUAGCCUGCAUCUACACCAUUCUCCCAGAGCCCCCGCAACACCACAAACUCCCCUUCACCUCUCCCUCCUACGCCCGCUCCCUGUCCGCGAGGGAGCUCAUCUCGCGGCCGCGCUCGUCGGACCUCGUCUCCAUCCCCAAGCUCAUCCACCAGACCUGGUUCCCGGCCGGGAGCAACAUGAGCGAGAACGCCCAGCUCUGGGUCCAGACCAUGCGGGCCCAGAACCCGGACUGGGAGUACGUCCUCUGGGAUGAUGAGACGAACCGGCUGCUCGUGGAGACGCAUUUCCCGUGGUUCCUGCAGGACUACCUGCGUCUGCCCAAGGAGAUCCUUCGGGCGGAUGUCGUGAGGAAUCUGUACAUGUUCAUGUUUGGAGGAAUGUACGCCGACGUCGACACCGAAGCCCUCCGACCGGUGGACUCGCUCUUUGCCGGCCACGACACCCCCCUCCGGGCGGCGCACAGCAGCCUCCUCGGGUCGUGGACGGGGAAGGCCAAGGUGCCAUCACCGCACGACGCGUCUACGCUCACGCAGCGGGCGUUCCUGGGCCACAUGUCGCACCGGGCGGGACUGGACGGUCCUGCGGCCGUGCCUAACGGGUGGAUGGCGUCGCCGCCCGGCCACCCGUUCUGGCUGCUGCCCGUGAUUCACGUCAUCGAGAACCCCAACGGUAGUGAGGAUGGCUCGAUGACAUACUCGGAGGCAUUAACCGCUGCCGCUGCAGACCCGGCCAAGAAGCCGAUAUGGCCGGUGGUAUUGGGGGUGUUAGCCUGGGUAUUCUGGUCGAACCUGACCAUCCUCUUCAAUAAGUGGUUGAUCGAGUCGACCGAGUUCCAUUACCCAAUAAUCCUCACAACCUGGCACCUCCUCUUCGCGACCCUCGCCACGCAACUCCUCGCGCGGACCACGACCCUCUUGAACAGCCGCCACACCCACCGCAUGACGCCCCGCACCUACCUGCGCCAGAUCGUCCCCAUCGGGCUCCUGUACAGCGGCAGCCUGGUCACCAGCAACCUGACCUACCUGUAUCUGAACGUGUCUUUCAUUCAGAUGCUCAAGGCCGGCGGCCCCAUCAUCACCCUCCUGACCAGCUGGGGGUGGCGCGUGGCGCGGCCCUCGCUCGAAUCCUUCCUGAAUAUCUUGGUCAUUGCGUUCAGUGUCGGGCUGGCUGUUGCCGGUGAGGUGCAGUUCGUCUGGACGGGGGUAGCUUUUCAGGUGGCGAGUUUGGUCUUCGAUGCCAAUCGGUUGGUCAUGAUUCAGAUUCUGUUGAAGCAGGGCCACGGCCACGGCCACGGCCAGGGGAAGAAGAUGGAUCCCCUGGUCACGCUGUAUUAUUCGGCGCCGGUGUGUGCGCUGACCAACGCGUUGAUCGCCCUGGGUAGUGGCGAGGUGGCCGGGUUUGAGUGGGGGAUUGUGUGGAGGACCGGGUGGGGCGUCUUGCUGGCUAAUGCUGGGGUGGGGUUUAUGUUGAAUGUGUCGAUUUUCGUGCUGAUCGGAAAAACGUCCGGGCUGACGAUGACGCUGGUCAGCGUGCCCAAGAACAUCCUCUUGAUUGUCUGCUCGAUCGUCAUCUGGGGCUCGCCGGUGAGUGCGCUGCAGGUGGUCGGAUAUGGGAUUGCGUUGCUGGGGCUGCUGUAUUAUUCGCUUGGGUGGAGGACGAUUCAGCCGCUUUGCGACGCGGCCGUCACGAAGGUGAGGGGCUGGCGGCGUGGGGAGGUGUACAAGUAUGAGCCUGUUUAGGCUGCGUCGUCAUCUUCAAAGAUGCAUAUGUAUGAUGAGAUAUAGAUCAUGAAUACUAGGUGGU